AUGCCUCUUCAAGGACUAUUGGCUUCUGCCCAGAAUAUUCUAGCUAAUACAGACCCAAUUGAGCUUUUUUGGCCCCGGAAAAGACGUCGUCGACCUUCGCAAGAUACCUGUUUCUGUCAGCGUUGUCAUCAGCAAUGCUCGGUUGAUUCAUUUAUUCGGUUUGAAUGGGCCGGAAGGGCAUAUACUUAUUGUUGUGAUUGCUCUGCAUUGCAUUAUUUUACUAAUCUAGACAACUGCCAACUUCUUGGUCCGAAUUUAGAAUCGGCCGCGCCAAACCAGCUACUGGAUCGACGGGGCCGUACUCCAAUUGGCUUUAUUUCGGAGUACUUUCGACGUAGUGCACUCAACUGCUGCCGUAUGGACCAAGGUGCUGUUCAACUACCUGCUGUAAAGGCACCGCCUGAUGAUCUUAAGGAGCUAUAUAUAUCAAAUAGCGGCCCGGUUAUUGCUUUCUGGAAGAAGAUUCGUUUCUAUAAUUCGGCAUUGGCUUUCACUUCAGCAAGUUAUACAGCUGAUAAUAGAAUUAAUGACGGCUUUAUACCAUUCCAAAUCUAUGGCCAGCUGUGUCAUCUGCACGGCCCGCUACGGCCUGCAGAAGGCACUACGCCAGCUUAUGCGCAGCUUUGGUUUUAUGACUAG